CGCCGCCUCUGACCUCUCCCCUCCUCCCAGAUUGGGAAGCCUGGGCCUGGGCUGGCCACCUCAGGGUCACUGGACUAGGAUGGGGGAUGGGCCUGUGACAGGAGGUGCCCUGGGUGUCCUCUUUCGGCCCCAUGGAGUCCUCACCCAGCCCCCAAUCAUCAGGGAACUCUUCUACUUUGGGGAAGGUCCCUCAAACCCCAGGUCCUUCAACUGCCAGUGGGGUCCCCGAAGUGGGACUGCGGGACGUGGCUUCGGAAUCUGUGACCCUCUUCUUCAUGCUCCUGCUGGACUUGACUGCCGUGGCCGGCAAUGCCGCUGUGAUGGCCGUCAUCGCCAAGACACCAGCCCUCCGCAAAUUCGUCUUCGUCUUCCACCUCUGCCUGGUGGACCUGCUGGCCGCCCUGACCCUCAUGCCUCUGGCCAUGCUCUCCAGCUCCGCCCUCUUUGACCAUGACCUCUUCGGCGAGGUGGCCUGCCGCCUCUACCUGUUCCUGAGUGUCUGCUUUGUCAGUCUGGCCAUUCUCUCAGUGUCAGCCAUCAACGUGGAGCGCUACUACUACGUGGUCCACCCCAUGCGCUACGAGGUGCGCAUGACUCUCGGGCUGGUGGCCUCUGUGCUGGUGGGCGUGUGGGUGAAGGCGCUGGCGAUGGCUUCCGUGCCUGUGUUGGGAAGGGUCUCCUGGGAGGAGGGAGCUCCCAGCGCCCCCCCGGGCUGCUCACUCCAAUGGAGCCACAGUGCCUACUGUCAGCUUUUCGUGGUGGUCUUUGCCGUUCUGUACUUCCUAUUGCCCCUGAUCCUCAUCCUUGUGGUCUACUGCAGCAUGUUCCGAGUGGCCCGCGUGGCUGCCAUGCAACACGGGCCCCUGCCCACGUGGAUGGAGACGCCCCGCCAACGCUCCGAGUCUCUCAGCAGCCGCUCCACCAUGGUCACCAGCUCGGGGGCCCCUCAGACAACCCCACACCGAACGUUUGGGGGAGGGAAAGCGGCAGUGAUCCUCCUGGCUGUGGGGGGCCAGUUUCUGCUCUGCUGGUUGCCCUACUUUUCUUUCCACCUUUAUGUGGCCCUGAGUGCUCAGCCCAUUUCCAUGGGGCAGGUAGAGAGUGUGGUGACCUGGAUUGGCUACUUCUGCUUCACUUCUAACCCCUUCUUCUACGGGUGUCUCAACCGGCAGAUUCGCGGGGAGCUCAGCAAACAGUUCGUCUGCUUCUUCAAGCCUGCUCCAGAGGAAGAGCUGAGGUUGCCCAGCAGGGAGGGCUCCAUCGAGGAGAACUUCCUGCAGUUCCUUCAGGGGACGGGCUGUCCCAACAAUGAGUCCUGGGUUCCCCGACCACUCCCCAGCCCCAAGCAGGAGCCACCUGCUGUUGACUUUCGAAUUCCAGGCCAGAUAGCAGAGGAGACCUCUGAGUUUCUGGAGCAGCAACUCACCAGCGACAUCAUGUCGGACAGCUACCUCCAUCCUGCCCCCUCACCCCGACUUGAGUCAUGAUAGACUGUCAGAUUCUCAGAGGGAGAUGGAACUGGUAGCCAGUUAGGGCUGCAAGGACCACCUCAUAGGAGCAUCAUUUCCCAGCUUGUUGGGGCUGGGC